UGAUUUGUCAGGAUCUUCAAAUGACACAUGUAUUUUCAUCAACCCCAGGCUCGAACGAUUCUAGGCAUGGUCAGGCUCACCAGCACAGCACAUUCUUUGAGUUGACUUACACAUAGACUUUCGAUCUGGCGGUGGUAGCUGGGUGAGACUUUUGGGGCGGUAUCACCGCGACGAUACUGCUGUCUUUCUGUGUUCUGGCGGAGGUCGAAGAACUAUGGCGAAAAGAGGUGGAACACGACUUCAAGCCUUGGUGACGGUUGCUGGGACUUUUGCAUUCAUUGGAGCUUAUUCUGCAAUACCGCGACUGUCAAUUGCGCGGAACGAUGACUCGACUAUCAUCAAGUAUGAUCAUAUCAAGCCCAAGGUCCACGUUCCAGCUCCGGCCGAUCCGGGCAUGGUGAUAUCAUCCGGACCAAAACCUCAAACCUCAUCAGGACCACGUCGAGGCAAGCCAUUCUCGGAGAACGACUGGAUCUUCGAUACCGGCGCCACCACACAUGUUUGCAGUAACCGCAACCUCUUACACACUUACGACACAUUGAACCCCUACAACAACAAACUUGAUCCACGAGCUGUGGGUUAUUUUGGGCCCAAUCCAGUUCCAAUUGUUGGAGUUGGCGACGUCACAAUAGACUUGCCCUCAGGCAUCGGGCGUGUUGCGAGUGGUUCGACGGAUUCCCGAGGCCUUGUGGUCAACCGCAUGACUAUCAGGCAUGUCAGCCACAUUCCGCAGGCCGGUGUCAACCUCAUUAGCUGGUCACAGCUGAAGAGAGCCAAAGGCGCCAAUCUCACCCUUCAAGAAGAAGCGGACGGAUCACUCACGGUGCAGAAUCGAGGAAAACCUGUCAUGCGAUUCGAACCCAGGGAUGGUCUAUUCUUCCUUGUGCAGCUCCCGCCGACACCACCUGCUUCUACCAGCUCCACUGGUUGACAUCGGAUUGGUUUCCAAAAAAAGAAUAACAAAAAUUGUGGAAGAUCCUCGGAUCAUAUCUACCUCGAGCUGUACGACCGGGCCGCUCUCCACAUUGACCGUCGGCCAUAUGGCAGAAUUACUUGCCUCUCAAGCAUGGCAUGGAGAGAGGGAGAAGAAGACGACAAAGCGCAAGGAUAAAAGCAAAUAUCUAAGCAAGCGAUGACGUGAAGUCGCCUCUAGGCUAUCAGCGGGACGAUUCCGGCUUGUCCUCCCCCUCUCUGCCCCCUCAGAGGAUGUUUCACUCUCAAUUGUCCUCGAUGGAGAGUUUGUUCCGGUGAACGAAGGGCUGAGUCGGCUCCGAGCCUUCUGUUCACCUUGCCUUGACAAUUAUCACUUCCAUGUGUUCUGAUACCAUUGAUGGCUUGAAUGAUCAUAACGCGGCCUUUAUUCUGGGGUCUUUGACGGAGCUACACCUUCUACGAGUACAAAGCUGCUAGAUAGAAAAAGGGGGAGGAAAUGAUAGUCGAGAGCGGGCCGUGAGAAGGUGCUGGCACGAAUCCCCUGUACGAAUACGAAUACGAGUACGACCCUGCCCCAUGGUGGUUAUUGGUAGAUACGCUAUUUGGCCUUGUGCUCCACCGUCGCUGAUACGUUGAUCCACCCUAGUAUUCUUGUAUCAUAUUCAAG